AUCUCUCUCUCGGCUUUCAUCUUUCCCAUUCUCUCUCGCACUUGAACGUCUCUCUCCGGCCAUAUCUCCGGCACCCCCAAUUCCGGCUACAAAUCUCUCCACUCUCACUCAUACAUACAUACAUACAUCUAUCUGAUAAUCCGAAUUCUUCCUUUACGACAUCGUUUCACCACACAUAAAAAAGCCCUAAUUUAAAUCCACAACCCUCGUUCGUUCAUUCAUCGCUGAUUAAUUAUCCGUAUUUGACGUUUCUGCUGUUCAAUUGCUGAUCUGGAGGCGUUGAUCGAUCAUUUCAGCCACCUAGGGUUUCUGAUUAUUAGAAAUUUGGAAAGAGGAUCGGAAAAUUGGCUACUGUAAUUGUUGUGAUUUUGAUAAUGGAAGAAAGCUAUUAUGUAUGGGCGGUUGGAAGGUGAACUGUGGUUCCACCGGUGGCACAUGUGGCCAGUCUCUGCUCCCUUCAGUUCCUUCCUGUUCAUUGAUACUCACACUUUCUUCAAAUUAUCGGAGUCAUCCUUGCCAACUAUACGAUGGCCAUAUCUGCUAUUAAUAAUGAUGGUAGAAAGAUUAAUGUCGGCGACUGUGCUCUGUUCAAGCCACCCUAUAAUUCCCUUCCGUUUGUUGGAAGAAUUCGUAAAUUAAACAUAGGAAAAGAAAACAACAUAAGUCUUUGUGUGAAUUGGCUUUAUCGACCUGCAGACAUAAAGCUUAAAGAAGGUGCUUUGCCGAAAGCAGCACCAAACGAGAUUUUUUACUCAUUUCACAAGGAUGAGAUACCUGCUGCAUCCUUACUUCAUCCGUGUAAAGUCACGUUUCUCCGUAAAGGCGUUGAACUUCCUUCAGGGAUAUCCUCGUUUGUGUGCAGACAAGUGUAUGAUGUCGAGAGUGAGUGUUUAUGGUGGUUAACUGACAGAAACUAUAUUAAUUCUUUUUUGACACAGGAACUACAAGAAGAAGUAAACCAGUUAUUAGAUAAGACGUUGCUAGAAAUGCAUGGAGCAGUGCAGACCGGAGGUCGAUCCCCAAAACCGUUAAAUAGUCCAAAUGGGUCAGCACACCGAAAACGUAGUUUAGAAAAUGUACAAAAUAGUUCUUCAUCGAUUUCAUCACAUGCAAAGAGUAAGAAGGGAGAGCAUCGCGUUCGCAAUUCAGAAUCUGUGAAAUGUGAUCGUUUAUCCAAAGUUGAUGAUGCAGAUUCUGGUCAACUUAGACCAGAACACAGGUUAAAAACCGAGAUCGCUAAAAUUACUGAUAAAGGAGGAUUGGUAGAUAUUGAUGGAGUUGAAAAACUAAUACAGCUCAUGCAACCCGAGGGUACUGACAAGAAACUAGACUUGGUUUGCAGAACAAUGCUCGUUAACGUAAUAUUGGGCACUGACGGAUACGAUUGUUUAGCUAGAUUUGUUCAUCUAAAGGGCUUGUUAGUUUUAAACGAAUGGCUUCAAGAAAUACAUAAAGGAAAGAUUAGUAACGGAAGCUGUAAAGAGAAUGAUAAGUCUGUUGAGUUUCUUUUUUCUUUACUUUGUUCACUUGAGAAAUUACCCGUGAAUCUUCAUGCUUUACAGACGUGUAAUGUCGGGAAGUCGGUGAAUCAUUUACGUAGCCAUAAAAAUUCAGAAAUUCAGAAGAAAGCCAGAAGUCUAGUCAGCACAUGGAGGAGACGUGUAGAAGCUGAAAUGAAUAUUAUUGAAACAAAGUCUAGUACAACGGAAAAAGCAUGUGAUGUGUCGCUUACAGCUAAUGGAAACCGCCCGAAACUCAUUGUGAGGUUGCCAAACACCGGUGGAAGCCCCACACAAACCGCCAGCGGAGAAUUACCGGAAGAUUCCGCUACAGUAUCUGGAAAUGGCUCUCUUUCGGUACCUCAUGCGAAACAAGGUCAGCAUGUAAGCAGAAAAAUUGAUUCUCUUCAAGUAAAGAAUGUACCAAAGACAAACACAAACACGGGUAAUGAUUUGUUUCCGGAGAAUGAAGGACCGAUUGUCCAUGAUGAAGAACAAGGUAAGAACGAUGCAUCCUCAUCAGGGGUAACACCAAAACCAGGUAAGCUAUGCGAGCGUUCUUAUAGCUCAAUAAAUGCAUUGGUGGAGAGCUGUGCGAAGUUCUCGGAAGCUAUCGCGUCUCCGUCAACCGGUGAUGAUGGUGGAAUAAUUCUUCUUGCCAGCGUGGCUGCUGGUGAAAUGUCGAGAUCUGACGUGUCACCCGCAUGUUCCCCUCGAAGUAACAUACCCAUACCUGAAGGCUUGUGUUCUGCGAAUAUGAAACUUAACAGCAGAAGUCCAUUAGAGGAAGCCAUGUGUCCUGACGUUAAACCUAUUAGAAACACUGUGGGCCUGCUAGAUGCAGCUGCUACAAGUGUAAAACCCGAGACUAUGCAGAUUAAAGAAGAAUUGGUCUUUAGGUCAUGUUUAGAUAUACAUGAGGACGAGAAGAAAUUAGUGCAUAAACGGUUAACCGAUCGGCCCGUAGCCACCCCAAAGUCUGAAGAGACUGACGAGAAGGCCCAUGAAAAUAUGAAAAAAGACGACAAAAGCACUGUGGUUGCAGUGCAAGAAGUAAGAACGUGUGGAACGGCUACCGAUGUAACAGAGGCCAGCUGUGUUGAAGAUCGUAGAGUAAAGUUGGACUUUGAUCUGAAUGAAGUUCUUCCUAGUGAUGAUGGGAUACAAUGUGAGGUUGAAGAGGCUGCUGUUCAUGCACCUGACCCGUUACCUUCUAAUGAUAGAACUCAGUCUGGUUUGAUAAAUGUAGCUGCUGCUGCAAAAGGACUGUUUUACCCUUCUGAGAGUCUCUCAAGAGGCAUGCCUGAGAUUGGGUGGAAAGAUUCUGCUGCCACCAGUGCAUUCCUUCCAACAGAAGCACGAAAGGUAGAUGUUCCGGUUCCUGACACUUGUACCAGCAAACCGACCCACACUCUUUUUGACUUUGACUUGAAUGUUGGAGUUGAUGAUGCUGAUCAACACAAUGCACCGUCAGGACUGGAUCUUGAUCUGAAUACAUGUGAUGAGAGUCCCGAGGCUGUCCAGUUGUCUGGCGAGCCUGAUUCUUUAAAGGGCUUUGACCUGAACGGGCCGGGUAUGGAAGAAGUUGGCGGUGAAACGUUAACUCUCUCCAAAAACAGUAUGCAGUUUAUAUCUGGUGCACCUAAUGUCAGAAUGAAUAGUAUGAAUAGUGGGAACUUUUCAACUUGGUUUUCACCGAACAAAGCCUAUCCAGCAAUUACAAUCCCGUCUCAAAGAAUGUUGACACCCAUGACUUCCAGCACAUCACUUAAUCCUGAAAUAUUCAGGGGCCCCGUUUUAUCAUCAUCUCCCGCAGUGCCAUUUCAGUAUUCAGCUUUCCCAUUCGAGACCGGUUUCUCUGUACCUUCGAUUUCAAAUACAGUUUCAUCGGUUUCGAAUGGUUAUGCCGAUUCUCCGUCAUCCGGUGGUGGGUCGCUUUGUUUCUCGGCCAUUCCCUCAGUGGGACCAAACAGUAUGGUGUCAAUGCCAUACAGGCCUUACUUUAUGAAUCUACCUGGCGGUUCAAGUAAUGUCGGUGGUGCCAAUGAGCAGUUAAGGUUGUUCCAUCAAAUGGCUGCAGGUGGUGGUGGAUCGAAGAGGAAAGAGCCAGAUGGCAGUUGGAAUGGUGAUAAUACAAUUAGCUACAAACAUCCACAUCAGCAGUAGGAAAAGCGUUGUUGUAGCGCAAGGAAACCAAUCUGUCUGGAGGACUCCUUAGAGGUUUUGCCUAGCGAACUGUAUGUUGGGUUCCGCGGGUUUCUUGAAAUGUGUGACAAACCUUCGUGGUUGUAAUGCAUACGGUUGAGUUGUUGCUUAACGAAAUAGUUUGACAGCGUGUGGCCUGUGUUAUUAAUGUUUAGCCAAUACACAAUUUUUAAUAUACAAGUUUAGUCAACAAUUCAAUUUUCAUACAAUCAAAAAGUUAUCAUAUAGUAACUCUUUAUA